UGCUGUUUUCGCUGGUGCGAGCCAAGUGUCCCUGAUGACGCGUUACGUUUUUGCACCCUCAUUGCGAUAAAGCCCGCCUCCUACGCUAGGGAUUGGUUGGUACAGUCACGCCUUCUUCGCUAAGCCAAUUCAUUGAGAGGAAGCGGUAACCGGUUAGCCAAUCGCAGCGCUUGAGGCAGGAUUUUCCCGAAUACGGAUAGGAGAGAUAAAAUGAUUGUGCUGGGGCUGAGCGGAGGGAAAUGUCGGUGAGUGAAGGAGGUUCAGGUGUCGCUGCGUGUCCGUGUAGGUGUUUAUACGUGAGAGCUGAGAUCAGAGGUAUAAAAGCGCUCUUUGGGGACUGUAGGUGUGUGCUGUGACAUCCUGUGAGGGAUAAAGCGGGCUUACAGACAGCGGUGACCGGGAUGACAGAGAGCUCCAUUCACUGUGACACCGAACAGAAGUAAGGGACAUUUACAUAGAGACCUGAGCUCUGUGCUGGACACUCACACUGCACCUGAUGUCUACUGAGUGUAUUGUGUGCGCUCUUAUUCUUGGCAGACCAGGCAUCACAAAAUAUUAACUGUGAGCGGUGGGAGAUCAGCAGAUGUCCGGCUACAUGGAGGCCCGAGCUCUUCACGCAGUGACGAUCUGAGCAUCGGGAGCGAGCGAGGAUGCUGGGGGAGGGGAGAGUAGUGGAGGAAUGGCUUUCAGAAUUCAAGACAUUACCCGAGUCUCAAUUCUCCAGCUAUGCGAGCUCUCUCUAUCGGAAGAAGAACCUGGUUCCGGCCCUCUACAGAGUCAUCCAGGACCCCAACAGCGAGCUUUUGGAACCAGUGUGCAACCAGCUGUUUGAACUGUACCGGAACUCAGAUGCCCGUCUGCGCCGCUUCACCCUGCAGUUCCUGCCCGAGCUGGUGUGGGUUUACCUGCGAUUCACAGCCAGUAGGGAGCGCCAGAUCAAUGGAUGCAUCGAGGCUCUGCUGUUGGGCAUCUACAACCUGGAGAUUGUAGACAAAGAGGGAAAUGGCAAGCUGCUGUCCUUCACCAUUCCUUCACUGUCUAAACCAUCAAUAUAUCACGAGCCGUCCAGUCUGGGUUCCAUGGCUCUGACAGAGGGAGCUCUAAGUCAGCAUGAUCUAAUCAGAGUGGUUUACAGCGGCCUACAUCCCCAGAGAGAGACCUUCACCGCACAAAACAGGUUUGAGGUGCUGUGUUUCCUCAUGCUGUGCUACAACUCCGCCGUGGUGUACAUGCCCUCCUCGUCAUACCGGGCCGUGUGCCACAUGAGCUCCAGGUUGUGCGUGUGUGGGUUUCCACGGCAGCAGCAGAAGACGUGGCGUGACCCCUGUAACCGCGUGCUGCUGGACCCUGAGUUCAUGGUGCAGAUGCUCACCGCUGUUUAUCAUGCCAUUUAUAAUGGCGAGUGGGAGCUGGGCAGAGAGGCACUGGAUGAUAUCUUGUACAGAGCCCAGCUGGAACUCUAUUCCGAGCCACUACUGUUGGGGAACGCAAUGAAGAACUCCUUACCAGACAGCGCUCCGGAUGGCUCUCAAGGGAAGAAGGUGCUGCAGGUGGAGGUGACUCCCACCGUCAGGAGGAUCUCUCGCUCCGCGGUUACUGCAGCCUCGAUCCGCAGGCUUCGCUGGAAGAGAGAAGAUUGUUUUGACUUCUCGACCGAGGCCGAGUUCAACCUCUCCAUCCGUUCCGGUCUACACGCAUCCACGGAGCCGGCAGCCAAUCCCGUGCGAGGAGGGAGGGGCAUACUCGCAGUCACACUUGAGGAUACUGAUGGCAUGAGCGGAGGUGAAGAAUCCUUCAACCUGAACGACCCUGAUGAAGGUUUCUCCUCGGGUGCAUCCAACAGCAGCCAGCCGAGCACAGGCAGACCGGCGGGGAGCAGAGGGGGACGAGCCAGCACGCAAAAGAGUUCUAAGAAGAGCAGUUCGAGUCGCACACACCGGGAGAAAGACAGGGAAAUCUCGGCCGAGAAGCAUAAAGAGCCGCAACACUCGCAGAGAGCUCAGUCUCCUCCACCCGUCAUCACGCUGGACACCAUCGAACUGAUCCCCAUAAAAAAGAACCAGAGCCUGAGCCGGACCUGCAGCAUGAACGCCGGAGUGAGCGGUGAGCCAGAGGAAGCAGGAACAGAUGGAGGACUCGGAGGACUCUGCUCCGGAGGUGGAGCAGGAGGAGCUCAUCGCCUUUCCAGCCUCAGUCUGAAAGAGGAACAUCUGGUGCGGCCUGACAGUGGGAAAGACCUGCUGUCUCCUGGAGCUCCUCUUACCAAGCAGUCUCGCUCGCCCAGCUUCAACAUGCAGAUCAUAUCGCAGACCAAAACAAGCAUUCCACUUUGAACAGACCAAGACAGCGUGAUGUUUUGACUUCGGACGUUUUGAUGUUUUGACUACCACCUGAUCUGCACUGGUCACGUCUCAGAUGCAUUUCCACAAUGAACGCUCAAUAGAAACAAUACAGGAUGGCUAACACAUUUUGAACAAGAAGCUAUACUUUAAACCCCAAAGUUUCAGGGGUAAAUACAGGCCAGUCCCUAAUAAAGCUAUUACCUGUGUUUCGAGUUCAGCAUUAAGUGUUUGAACCACAUUUCAGGCAGUGGAGAUGGAGGUCCAGUUAAUCUGGCUGAUUAUAGUUAUUUAUUGUUCUGGGACUUCAGAGAUUAGUCUAUAUUUUAGAAAAAAAAAAGUAAGCAAUAAAUCUUAGGUUGUUCAUCUGACACAAAGCAAUCAGUGCAGUGUCUCAGUAUGCAUUCCUGCUGAACUCCUGGGUCCUGUGCAAUUACUAUCAAGGUCUUAUUAUUAUUAUUAUUAUUAUUAUUAUUAUUAUUAUUAUUAUUAUUAUUAUUAUUAUUGUUAUUGUUAUUUUUAUUAUUAUUAAAGAUAGAACAUACUAUUUUUUUCUUUCAAUCUCUAUGUUCCGUCCCAGAAGACGGCUGUAUUUUUAAUUUUUAAA